AUGGCUCGUGCGCUUCGGGAAGCCUGGGUAUUAGGUAUCAUUACCAAGAAGUUAAACGACGCUCUCGAAAGGCGAGAUCGAGAUAGGGAUCCGCAGUCUCUUAAAGCUGAUGAAAUCGUCGAUACAAUUGGACCGUCUGGAGAACUGCGACUCCCAGGUGGUACUGGAAAGUUAUUACAGGUCAUUGAAAUUGACCCCACCGAGGAUCCUUGUACUGUUGUCUUGACCGACAAGAAGGUUAAAAUCGCCGGCAAAAUUUCCUCUGAUGCUAGACGGAAACAUGAGACUUCCUCUAAGACCAAGAUAUCGACUAUCAUGGGAGGUAUUAUAAAAGUCAUAUCCUACGAUAUCUACUUUCCUGGGGUCCACGGAAGGUUGUUCUGGGAAGGUGUUAGAUAUCGGUCCCAAAUUGCGGAUAAACCAGCAUCUCAGGGUAGGAAAACGGGCAAAAAGGAAAUCCAAAAGAAUAACAUGGGCGACAAGUCUAUAAAACAAGACACGGGAACAGGAAAUAAAAAUGGUGACGCCGAAUUCCCUAUGCCCGAACCAAUAUUUUUUAUCACGGAAUUUGCAUUCCUUCCUGGUAAAUGCUCAGAAGUGAGGGGGAAUCCAAGGAGUGUAUCUUUAAAAGCGGACCUCAAACCACUUCUAUCGGAUCUGCCGAGGAAGGCGCGCUCUGGGAGAGAGUUCUCACUGAGCCAAUAUGUACCUUUGUCAAGGAAGAAUUCGAAUGAGCAAUCAGCGUCCUCAAAGGUGUCGACAGGUGAUGAGAGCCCAGAUGACGAAACUGACGAAAUACGAUCACAACGUGGCGAUGUCAGCUUACAAGACGUUUCGCAGCUGCUAUUCACAACUCAAGCCCAUGCAGAUCAUCUGAAUACGUUUGAUGAUCUCCAGUUUCCUGAGCGUAAAAGUCAAAAGAAGAAACCAGGCGCAAACCACCCCCAAAGCCCGACCCGGGGGUCUUUAGGGACUUCGGCUCAAAGGAAAAAAAAGACACCGAAACCACAUGCACACCAUGCAAGGAAAAAUGCAGAACAGACAAAGAGCCUCAAUACAGAACCGAAAUUUAUCAAUUAUGCUGAUGGGUCUGAUUCCGAGGGACCUUUUGUUAGCUCGGCCGUUAGCUGGGAAGGGGAUUCAAAGGAUCAAUCCCAAAAAAGUAAUAAUCGAAGCAAGCGAAAGCGAGGCGACCUUUCCGCAUCUUUCACAAGUUCAGGUGUAGGAAGAAAGGGUAGAAAAAAGUCACCGGGUUGGGACAAAAUGGAGCAAGUCACACUAUCUCAGACUAUAAUUCCUGACGAUCAGCUAGAGAUAUUAAAUCGGCCUGAAUCUUGGUAUCCAUACACAAAUAGGCACCAUGUCUCCGGUUACGAUUUCGUCUCCAAAGAUCAACUUGUGCCAAAAUCACAUCCACCGCGUAAAUCAAACAUUCAAGUUAUUGUGCCCCCCGUUAGAUCUCCAGUCUCUUCCUCCGGCAGUACGCAAGUUUCAUGGCCGUCUAGUUCUGUAAAUUCCCCCUUGAGAGGUAUGAACGCGGCACCUGAUAGCAGUUUUCGUUCUGGUACUCAAUCUCCGCUUGCUGGAGGGUUGAACAAGAAAGCGAAUUCUGCAGAUGCCGAAGUGAGAAGCAACAAUGGUAGUUUUAAUCAACCUAGCCAAAUAUCCGUACAAGGAGUCGAGGAAGAACAUGUAAUCCCAUGUACUCAACAAAGCGAGGAAACAUAUGAAAGGUAUGAAUUUAAGGCCAAACGGGUCACACGUGCAGCAAAUGGAAUCUCGAAAAAAACACCAGUAGAUCCGAAUAAUGUGGAACCCUCAAGAAUGGCAAAGGCCAGUAAGAAACAGAAGUUGGCGGCAGUCCGGAAGCAGCGCCCUCGUCGUGAGUAUCGCUCAGAAGAUGAUGAAGAUUAUCCCUCUUCGGAAGAUGAGAACAUUAAUGAACUUAUCAACCACCCCAACCUUCCAGUUGGCGUGGUGGAUCCAAAUGGACGGACACGGCUCGAGGUUUUUGGUGGUAUUUUAAAAGCUCAGCAGGUGAAUUUGUGGGAACAGAAUGGAAAACAGCCACAGAAACGCCAGGAUGAGGAUGAGAAUGAGGAUGCACAAAGUGACACUGAUUAUGAUGGUGAUGGCGGCUUUGAUGAUGAAGCCUGGGACAAACAGCUGGCGUCAGAAGAUGAAAGAAACAAGGUAACUGAGGCGCCUACAAAGGAGGUGGUAGGAGCCAUUGUUUCCAAAUUACCCAGCCCGAGCCCAGGAGCCAAGCAAACAGAAAUCCAACAGCACAACGAACAUAUUGUUCCCGCAGAAAAUGCUACACCACAUAGUAUUCUCAGUGGCAUGCUUCUCUCAGACGGAGAAAACGACAAAAUCCCAGAAUCCUUACCCGGAUCAUCAAUUGAGUUACCCAUGGCCGAACAUUUGGGCGACAAUACAGAUGAAAAUGAGGAAGAGGAUGAGAUUCCUCAAGCUCCGCUAAUGCCGCUAAACUCGGCACUACACUGUACAGCAAAGGCUCUAGAUAACUCGGACCUGCAAUAUCCGUGCUCCGGCAUCCUACAUACGUAUACGGGACCAGCGGAGACACCCAAACGAAAUGAUGCUUCACAGGUCGGGGAUGGUGCCGGGAUCAUGAUGGAGCCCAAGGGUAACAAGACAAUGGCUGUAGGUGACAGCCUUAGUACAGUUCUAGAUUCGGUCGCCCCAGAAGCAGUCAACGUCUCCAAAAGCCAGAAAUAUGGCGGAGGUGUUGCCCCCGCCCUACCUUCGUCAUCCAUCAACAGCACUGCGAGUCCGUCAAUUCAAGUUGAAGAGACACCAUACAAAAAAGGAGUCGGCGUUUUGGGCAAAGACUUGAGUCCUACAAUUGCAAAAUCAAAGUCACGUAUUCAUUCUGUAUGCGCCGAUGAAGGACUUGACCUAACGCUCAUACCGGGAACAAACAUGGAAGAACCACAUAUUUCUCAAGAGCUUCGAAGUCCAGUACUUCAAGGUUCCCCAACUUCUCGGCCUGUAACUAUUCCUGAAAGACAGAUGUCAUCACAAGAUCUUCCCUGGCUCUCCGUAGAACCAAAAGAUCCCCAAAAAGGUCUCCCCGACGACUUUGCUAGAUCACAAGAGCAACUAAUGCGCGAGGCCCAAGAACGCCAAAAGAUCGAGGUGCCUGCUACGUCGGAGGGAAACAAGACUAGAGUAGAGAAUGACAUUCUAUCACACUCUGCUGCUGCUCGACAAGUUUCCAGGUCAGGCCCAAGGAAGGCGAGAAAAGUUCUCAAAGUAGUUGAUUUCGGGACCCAAGAAAUCCGUGCAGCGGCCAAUACCCGUAGUGUCACAGAUAUGCUUGAAAAACAGAAGAAGGAAUUCAUGGACUACAAAGAGUCUCCCGAUAUUACUGGCAUGACCGAGCGGGAAAAUUCUUCAAUGCACGAACGCCCAGCUGUGAAACCUGGGGUCGAAGCUCCUGAGAAAAAUAAUUUGUUAAAUCCCGAUGAUCAAAGCCCUGAAACGCCAAAUAAUUCGUCUAGACCCAACGACGAGGAAAUGGCUUCAGGUAUCGACCAGUUAAAUAUCCGCAAGCGCACUCAAUCAUCGCCCUCCAAAAAAGUUAUUGCAGCCAAGAAACCACGCAUUGAUGCGUCUCCAUAUAAAGAUACUUCUGCCACGACUCUGCCUUCUUCUAAAAAGCAGAGAAACUUCAAAGCCCCAGCAAGUUCCCAAACUGAGUCAUCGUCAAAAUCAAGGAUGGAGGCCCCCGGGAUGGGUGACCUGGGGGAUGAGAGAGGGGAGAUAGGAGAUUCCGAGGAAGAUGAUUUUACGAUGGAGGACUGUAUGAGGGAAGACUCUGUUAAAAAGGAUUUUGAGGAGAAAGACCUCGAAGAGAGCUUUGAGCUUACCAACGAUGAUCCCAUGGCCGGCUUCCCAGAUAUCAUUCUCAGCGAUGAUGAUGACGAGCCAAUGCCAAUGGUCCCAGAAAUCAUCGACCUGGUAUCUGAUAAUGAAGAAUCGGAGUCACCUGAGCCAUCUCAGCCCAAAUCAAAGCCAGAACUUUACGCCGGUCUUCGCAUGCGAGAUAUCUAUGUUCCGGGUUACGAGAAGCUCACCGCGGACCAGAAAGAUGACCUCGACAGGAGAAGGAAGGAGUACUUUGGGGUAAAGACUUCCUCCGAGAGAUUGUUCUCGGCGGAGACUCAGCGCGCUAUGACAAAGACCAAUCUCGAGGAAAGGGAAAGGGAAAACGAAAGGAAAAGCGAAAAGGAGAAAAAAGCCUCAGGGUCGAAAAAUCAAGGGGAUUUUGAGUGGUACCACGAUAAGGAUACGCCAAUGAAGAAGCUCUUUAGGCACUUCCAGGAGCUGGAGAAGUCGAAGAUGAAGAAGGCAGAGUUGAAUAAGCCGGAUGAAGAGUAA